GGUAGACCUGGCCCAAAGUAGCCAAGCGCCCGAUCCGAAUCGAGAGAGUUAGGGUUUGGCAGUCAGCUCGAAAAGAGAAAAAAUGGCUUCAUUUGGAUCUAUCAGACAGGCCAUAUAUGAUAGAGAAACCAGAAAACAGCAAUACCAAGCUCACAUACAAGGUCUCAAUGCUUAUGAUCGCCACAAGAAGUUCGUCAGUGAUUAUGCUGCCUUUUAUGGAAAGGACAGAUCAACACAAGAAGUUUUGCCUGUUAAAACUGAUGAAGACACACUUAGAGAAGGGUACCGGUUUAUACGAACAGAGGAGGAUGAUAUGGAUCCUUCUUGGGAACAAAGGCUUGUGAAGCGCUACUAUGACAAACUUUUUAAGGAGUAUCCUUUUGGAAAUCUGUUUUAACAAAGUCCACACUAGUAUACCAAACGAUAUUAUGUCACAUGUGGGGGCCUCUCUAUCUGCGUUUACGGAUGAGUAUGAUAUAGUGAUCUCAUAGUAUGCAUUUAUUUAUUCAUGAUGCUACAAAACAUCUUUUUUUUGUUUUUCUUCUUCAUCCCAUGUACUCCAUCCCUCUCGAAUUAAUCAUCUCACUUCACUAUUCAUAGCUCAAAUUCUAUUCUUUCUUUACUUAUUUUUGUUAAUCAUUUCUUAGAAUAAUAUAGUCAUGAGUCAUGU